GUCAAUGGAGGCUGUUUCUCGUCUGGAAACCGGCCCAUAGUAACCACCGGCGGGAGAUCCCGACCCCCGACCCAUACCGCAAACGACAACCGGACGCAUCAACUCGAUAAAAGUCAUAUACAGCUAUACAGUCAUCGCAGACACCACAGAACAGCAAUGUCACACCACCUUCUUUCCUCACGCCUCGGCCUCUUCUGCACCCAUCACACCCCCUCACCCGCGCUCCUCUCCCUCUCCGUCGCCCUGCCGCGCCGAUACCUCACCUCAUCCCCCCGCGUCCGCACCGGCAAUUUCGCCGACCACCCGCGCGUAACAGACCCGAUCCCGUCGAGCGAUGCGUCCACGACGACGCUGCCGCUGACGACGAGGAGCGGGCCGCAUCCGAAGGUUAAUGUGGAUCCUAAUACUACCGCGUGGCGAAAAGAAGAACCAGCAACAGAAACCAAAAAAUCCUACGUCCUCGCCCGCCCUAUCUACUCGCCCUCCGAACUCAACGUCGCCGUAACCCACCGCGACAUCCAAUCCCUCUCCGACCGCGUCUCCUACGCCCUCGUCCGCGUCAUGCGCUUCGGGUUCGACACAGCCACGCGCUAUUCCGAUCAAGUCGGCGCCAUGACCGAGCACCAAUGGCUCAACCGCCUCGUCUUCCUGGAGACCGUCGCGGGGGUGCCGGGGUUCGUCGGCGGGAUCCUGCGCCAUCUACGAUCCCUUCGGUUACUGAAACGCGACAACGGGUGGAUCCAUACCUUGCUAGACGAAGCGCAGAACGAACGCAUGCACCUGCUCUCCUUCCUCAAAGUCAAACAACCCAACCUCCCCUUCCGCAUGAUGGUCCUCCUCGCCCAAGGCACCUUCUUCAACCUCUUCUUCCUCUCCUACAUCCUCUCCCCGCGCAUGUGCCACCGCUUCGUCGGGUAUCUCGAGGAAUCCGCCGUACACACAUACACCCACUGUCUGAAGGAUAUCGAGAGUGGACAGCUCAGGCAUUGGGCCACCACCCCGGCACCCGAGAUCGCGAGGGAGUAUUGGCAGCUGGGCGACGGCGCGACGUUGAGGGAUAUGGUGCUGGCAGUGAGGGCGGACGAGGCAGAGCAUCGAGAUGUUAAUCAUACGUUGGCUAGCCUCAAGCCGGAUGAUAAGAACCCGUUCUGAGGGGAUUGUGGUGGAUGGUCGGGCCCGCCCCCCGCUGCUGGCUUUCAUGAGCAACGGACUGUUAACCAUAGCUUUUUUUUUUUUUUUACUCGUAGUCGUUUCUUUUUCGGAUACUCGAUACUCUUCAUUUGUUGUUAUUCCUCUUUCCUUACCAUACCAUAAAGUCAUAAUACCCCUUCUUACCUCAUCUACGGCAUCUCAAAAUGAUAUACACUUUUCGCAGGUUU